CAACAGACCCCACACUCUGCGCCAAGGCGGCCACCGUGAGAGACUUGGACAGGUGCGGCAGGGGCGGGUCGCCUGCGAGAGGACCCCUCCCCCACGCCGCUAGUGCCCGCGGUCGCAUUACGCCUCGGAGCCCCCAGGUCGCCCGCGGCGCAGAGAGAGGCGGGGCUGCGUUUUACACCCCCAAACCUCGCGCCCGGCUAGGUGCGGCGUGGCUUCGACCUCCAGGCUGAGCCAGGUUCUGGAUCUCAGGUCCUCCCCGGGACUUGGGCCCGCCCCCGACGCGGGAGCCAGGUCUAGAAGCUUCUCCACUCUCCUCACCAUCCAGAGUGCAGGCUGCGGCUGCCGUAGGGAGCCUUCCUGUGGGACCUGGUGUGCUGACACCUCUGAGAUCCAGGCACCAUGCCACGAAGCCCCACAUCCAGUGAAGACGAGAUGGCCCAGAGUUUCUCUGACUAUUCUGUGGGCUCGGAGUCAGACAGCUCCAAAGAAGAGACCAUCUAUGACACGAUCCGGGCCACCACAGAGAAGCCGGGUGGGGUAAAGAUGGAGGAGCUCCAGGGUAACACCUUGGUGAUUCGAGUGGUCAUCCAGGAUCUGCAGCAGACGAAGUGCAUUCGAUUUAACCCGGAUGCCACGGUGUGGGUGGCCAAGCAGCGGAUACUGUGCACGCUGAACCAAGGCCUGAAGGAUGUACUCAACUAUGGGCUCUUUCAGCCCGCCAGCAAUGGGCGUGACGGCAAGUUCCUGGAUGAGGAACGGCUCUUGCGGGAAUACCCACAGCCCAUGGGCCAGGGUGUGCCUUCCUUGGAGUUUCGCUACAAGAAGCGCGUGUACAAGCAGUCCAACCUGGAUGAGAAGCAGCUGGCCAGGCUCCACACAAAGACCAAUCUGAAAAAGUUUAUGGAUCACACUCAACAUCGCUCAGUGGAGAAGCUGGUCAAGCUGUUGGACAGAGGCCUGGAUCCCAAUUUCCAUGACCUGGAGACUGGAGAGACGCCCCUGACCCUGGCUGCCCAGCUCGAUGACUCUAUGGAGGUCAUCAAAACUCUCAGAAAUGGGGGUGCACAUUUGGACUUCCGCUCCCGGGAUGGGAUGACUGCCCUUCACAAGGCUGCCCGGAUGAGGAACCAGGUUGCCCUGAAGACCCUUCUGGAGCUUGGUGCCUCCCCAGAUUACAAGGACAGCUAUGGACUCACACCGCUGUACCACACGGCCAUUGUGGGAGGCGACCCCUACUGCUGCGAGCUGCUUCUCCACGAGCAUGCCUCCGUGUGCUGCAAGGAUGAGAACGGCUGGCAUGAAAUCCACCAGGCCUGCAGGUAUGGCCAUGUCCAGCAUCUGGAACAUCUGCUUUUCUAUGGCGCAGACAUGAGCGCACAGAACGCCUCAGGAAACACAGCCCUGCAUAUCUGCGCCCUCUACAAUCAGGACAGCUGUGCCAGAGUGCUGCUGUUUCGGGGUGGAAACAAGGAACUGAAAAACUACAACAGCCAGACACCAUUUCAGGUGGCUAUAAUAGCGGGGAACUUUGAACUUGCAGAGUACAUCAAGAACCACAAGGAAACAGACAUUGUGCCCUUCCGAGAGGCCCCAGCUUAUUCCAACCGCAGGCGGCGGCCCCCCAACACAUUGGCUGCCCCCAGAGUUCUUCUGCGUUCCAAUAGUGACAACAACCUCAAUGCUGGUGCACCUGAAUGGGCUGUCUGCUCUGCAGCCACCUCCCACCGAAGCCUCUCACCCCAGCUGCUGCAGCAGACACCCAGCAAACCUGAUGGAGCCACAAAGAGCCUUGGAAGCUACGCCCCUGGGCCCCGCAGCCGCUCCCCGUCACUCAACAGGCUGGGUGGUACUGGUGAGGAUGGCAAGAGGCCACAGCCACAUUGGCAUGUGGGGUCGCCCUUCACUCCUGGUGCCAACAAGGAUUCCCUCUCGACCUUUGAGUACCCAGGACCCAGGAGGAAGCUGUAUAGUGCUGUGCCUGGGAGACUCUUCGUCGCCAUCAAGCCAUACCAACCCCAAGUUGACGGCGAAAUCCCCCUUCACCGAGGUGACAGGGUCAAAGUUCUGAGCAUCGGCGAGGGCGGCUUCUGGGAAGGCAGCGCCCGUGGCCACAUCGGGUGGUUCCCAGCUGAGUGUGUGGAAGAGGUGCAGUGUAAGCCCCGGGACAGCCAGGCAGGCAAAAGCUGUGAGCCAUGUUCUGCCAGAGAAAAGUUAUCAGCUUCAACAGUAGAAAAUUUUUCCAUUGAUCAUCUUCAGGCACAGCUGGAUCCAGAAACCCGCGCGGACCGCAGCAAGAAGCUCUUUCGGCAUUACACGGUGGGCUCCUAUGACAGCUUUGAUGCUGCCAGUGACUGCAUUAUUGAGGACAAGACGGUGGUCCUGCAGAAGAAAGAUAAUGAGGGCUUUGGAUUUGUGCUCCGAGGGGCAAAAGCUGAUACCCCCAUUGAGGAAUUCACACCCACGCCGGCAUUUCCAGCCCUGCAGUACCUGGAGUCCGUGGAUGAAGGUGGGGUGGCAUGGCAAGCCGGACUAAGGACCGGGGACUUCUUGAUUGAGGUUAACAAUGAAAAUGUCGUCAAGGUGGGCCACAGGCAGGUGGUGAACAUGAUCCGCCAGGGAGGGAAUCACCUCAUCCUUAAGGUCGUCACGGUGACCAGGAAUCUAGACCCUGAUGAUACAGCCAGAAAGAAAGCACCCCCACCUCCAAAGCGGGCUCCAACCACGGCCCUCACCCUGCGUUCCAAGUCCAUGACAGCGGAGUUGGAGGAACUCGGCCUCUCACUAGUGGACAAAGCCUCAGUCCGGAAGAAGAAGGAUAAACCGGAAGAGAUAGUCCCAGCCUCCAAGCCCUCCAGGACUGCAGAGAACGUGGCCAUAGAAUCCAGGGUGGCGACCAUCAAGCAGCGGCCCACAAGCCGGUGCUUCCCAGCUGCCUCUGAUGUGAAUUCCGUGUACGAGCGCCAAGGGAUUGCUGUAAUGACGCCCACGGUCCCUGGGAGCCCGAAAGGCCCAUUUCUGGGCCUCCCUCGAGGUACGAUGCGAAGGCAGAAAUCGAUAGACAGCAGAAUCUUUCUAUCAGGGAUAACAGAGGAAGAACGGCAGUUUCUGGCUCCCCCAAUGCUGAAGUUCACCCGAAGCUUGUCCAUGCCGGACACUUCUGAGGACAUCCCGCCUCCGCCACAGUCUGUCCCCCCUUCUCCCCCUCCACCUUCCCCCACCACAUACAACUGUCCCAGGUCCCCGACUCCAAGAGUCUAUGGGACAAUUAAGCCUGCAUUCAAUCAGAACCCCGUCGCCAAGGUGCCCCCAGCCACCAGGUCUGACACUGUGGCCACCAUGAUGCGAGAAAAGGGGAUGUUCUACAGGAGAGAGCUGGACCGCUUUUCCCUGGACUCAGAGGAUGUCUACAGCCGCAGCCCCGCCCCACAGGCUGCCUUCCGCACCAAGCGGGGACAGAUGCCUGAGAACCCGUACUCAGAGGUGGGAAAGAUAGCCAGCAAGGCCGUCUACGUCCCUGCCAAGCCAGCCAGGCGGAAGGGCAUGCUGGUAAAGCAGUCCAAUGUGGAGGACAGCCCUGAGAAGACAUGCUCCAUCCCCAUCCCAACCAUCAUUGUCAAGGAACCCUCUACCAGCAGCAGCGGCAAGAGCAGCCAGGGGAGCAGCAUGGAGAUUGACCCCCAGGCCACCGAGCCGGGCCAGCUGCGGCCAGAUGACAGCCUCACCGUCAGCAGCCCCUUUGCUGCAGCCAUCGCUGGAGCCGUGCGUGACCGGGAGAAGCGUCUGGAAGCCAGGAGAAAUUCCCCAGCCUUCCUCUCCACAGAUCUAGGAGAUGAAGAUGUGGGUCUGGGGCCACCCGCUCCCCGGAUGCAGCCCUCCAAGUUCCCCGAGGAGGGUGGGUUUGGUGAUGAGGAUGAAACGGAACAGCCGCUAUUGCCUACCCCCGGGGCAGCACCCAGGGAGCUGGAGAACCACUUCCUAGGUGGUGGUGAAGCUGGUGCUCAGGGGGAGGCUGGGGGACCCCUGAGUUCCACAUCCAAAGCCAAGGGGCCUGAGAGUGGCCCAGCAGCCCCCCUCAAGAGCAGCAGCCCAGCCAGCCCUGAGAAUUACGUGCACCCACUCACAGGGAGGCUGCUCGACCCUAGCUCUCCGCUGGCCCUGGCACUCUCUGCCAGGGACCGAGCCAUCCAGGAGUCCCAGCAGGGGCACAAGGGGGAGGCCCCCAAGGCCGACCUUAACAAGCCUCUCUACAUCGAUACCAAAAUGCGGCCCAGUGUGGAGUCCAGCUUUCCUCCGGUCACCAGACAGAACACCAGGGGUCCCCUGCGACGGCAAGAGACAGAGAACAAGUAUGAGACGGACCUGGGCAAGGACCGGAGGGCAGACGACAAGAAGAACAUGCUGAUCAACAUCGUGGAUACUGCCCAGCAGAAGUCAGCCGGCCUCCUGAUGGUGCACACGGUGGACGUUCCCAUGGCCGGGCCACCCCUGGAGGAAGAGGAGGACAGAGAGGAUGGGGAUACAAAGCCAGACCACUCACCCUCCACAGUGCCAGAAGGCGUUCCCAAAACCGAAGGUGCUUUACAGAUCUCCGCUGCCCCGGAGCCCGCCGCCGCGCCCGGCAGGACCAUCGUGGCGGCGGGCUCCGUGGAAGAGGCGGUGAUUCUGCCAUUCCGCAUCCCCCCUCCCCCUCUGGCGUCCGUGGACUUGGAUGAGGACUUUCUUUUCACAGAACCAUUGCCUCCCCCCCUGGAAUUCGCCAAUAGUUUUGAUAUCCCCGAUGACCGGGCAGCUUCAGUUCCCGCUCUGGCUGACCUGGUCAAGCAGAAGAAAAACGACACCCCUCAGCCCCCUUCGUUGAAUUCCAGCCAACCAGCCAACUCCACAGACAGUAAGAAGCCAGCCGGCAUCUCAAACUGUCUGCCCUCCUCAUUCCUGCCACCCCCCGAAAGCUUCGACGCAGUCACCGACUCGGGGAUCGAGGAGGUGGACAGCCGGAGUAGCAGCGACCACCACCUGGAGACAACCAGCACCAUCUCCACCGUGUCCAGCAUCUCCACACUGUCCUCAGAGGGCGGGGAGAGCCUGGACACCUGCACAGUCUAUGCAGACGGGCAAGCCUUUGUGGUGGACAAGCCCCCAGUACCUCCAAAGCCAAAAAUGAAGCCCAUCGUUCACAAAAGCAACGCACUUUACCAAGACACGCUCCCAGAAGAGGACGCAGAUGGCUUUGUGAUCCCCCCACCUGCACCCCCGCCGCCGCCGGGCAGUGCCCAGGCCGGUGUGGCGAAGGUCAUCCAGCCAAGGACCUCCAAGUUGUGGGGUGACGUUCCAGAGGUCAAAAGCCCGAUUCUCUCAGGCCCAAAGGCAAAUGUCAUUAGUGAGCUAAACUCCAUUCUGCAGCAGAUGAACAGGGGGAAAUCGGUCAAGCCUGGGGAAGGGCUAGAGCUGCCAGUGGGUGCCAAGUCAGCCAGCCUCGCUCCAAGAAGCCCGGAGGUCAUGAGCACCGUCUCAGGUACACGGAGCACGACGGUCACCUUCACUGUCCGCCCCGGCACCUCCCAGCCCAUUACCCUGCAGAGCCGGUCCCCCGACUAUGAAAGCAGGACCUCAGGACCGAGACGUGCCCCAAGCCCUGUGGUUUCGCCAACGGAAUUGAGCAAAGAGAUUCUGCCCACCCCUCCGUCUGCUGCCGUAGCCUCUCCCUCCCCCACACUCUCAGAUGUCUUUAGCCUUCCGAGCCAGUCCCCUGCAGGGGACCUCUUUGGCUUGAACCCAGCAGGACGCAGCAGGUCACCAUCUCCUUCAAUAUUGCAACAGCCAAUCUCAAAUAAGCCUUUUACAACUAAGCCUGUCCACCUGUGGACAAAACCAGAUGUGGCAGACUGGCUGGAAAGUCUGAACUUGGGUGAACACAAGGAGACGUUCAUGGACAAUGAGAUUGACGGCAGCCAUCUGCCAAACCUCCAGAAGGAAGACUUGAUAGAUCUUGGGGUGACUCGAGUUGGGCAUAGGAUGAACAUAGAAAGGGCUUUGAAACAGCUGCUGGACAGAUAAGGGUGGCUGUCCUGGGCCUUCACAGACUCCUUUCUUAUAAGUAGAGAUGGGCUUAUGUUGAAAUGUGUGGUGGCUAAGCAGAGGCUGACAGCACCAAUCUCCGGUCUGUGGGUUUGUCUCUGGGUACCCAAAGAUGUGCUGUGGGUGUCCCUUGGUGUGGCCAAACCAGGGCCUCAAAACCCAGCUCUCUGUGCAGAUUUCUUGGGUGGCUUCUGUCCAAAGGGACAGGAAGGGGGUUUCUGUCCUGGUUUCAGAGGCUGCCAUAGAUGGUAUGUGGGACCCUCUCCUUCCUGUGGCAGAUACCAGUGUGCUCCAGAUACCUCCUGAGGCCUCCCUCCUCUGCCUUCUGGGCAACUCUCACCCCUCAGCCCCGGAACACAGCCUUUCUUCGGGCCUUUGGCCUCUGGGUGGGCUCAUUGGCUCCAUCCCUCCCCUGUGCUUGGCUCUCAGUGAGCAGUUCCAGGUGGAGCCCUGCCUGAGCCAGACUGUAGAGAAACACUGUCCCAUCCACCUCUUUGUCCGACUCCUGUGACGUGCAUCUGAGCUUCUUUGGCCCCAAGGUCCUUGGCAGUGGUGGCUGUGGACAGGAUCGUGCCCAGCUUGCUUAACUUGCUUUCUUUAUUUCUGCAAACCGAUUAGCAUAAUUCCAGGGUGGCCAAAAUGAAGUCACACGGAGUUAGUCAAAGCACAAAGUCACGAUCCUGAGGAGGGGGGGAGGCCUGGCCGUAGAGCCAGCCAAUGUGUGGCUGCCCAAGCACACAACCUCCUCCAGGGCAAGGACAGGUGUCUGCCUAGAGCAUCUGCCAGGAGGGAGAGGUGGGGGCUCUUGAAAUUUACUCUAAUUGGAUGUCUGCAGAGCUCCACGGGGGUCAGAACAGGUGAGCAUCUACUCUUACAAGGACAAGAAGACCCAAGGCUUAUGGUAAGCAUGGCUGCCAUAGGGAAGCUGUGGCCCUCCCUGGUAGUGGAUGGAAUGCCACAUCCUUCAUCCGCACCAGGCCACGGAUGAGCAUCCUGUUGAGGCAGCCCUUUGGCUCACAGAGGCCAAGAAAGGUGGAACUCAGGGGCCUUUCUCCCUUCUCUCAAAUAGCGGGAAUCCCACCAGCUUGUCUUAACAUCUGGGUCUCAGAGAAACCCGUGGACGGGACCUGGUGGAGAACGGAAAGUGGGGCACAGGCUAUGGCGAAGUUUAGGUGUGCAUGGAAAGGAAGGUGGGAACAUCCUGGACCAAGCCUCACCUCAGGCCCAGCCACUGGAGCCCACCCUUCUUGCCCCCAGAUCUCUCCCUCCCGAAACAAUACCUCUAAUGUCCCAGGGAGGUCACUGACUGCACACAGCCACCAUGCAGCCAGCUAGGCUCCCGCAACCCCCUCUCCCCCCCGCACUCAGAGGAGACUCGAAUGUCAGGUGACGGUUUUAUCAUUUCAGAACUAGCCCAGCCCAUCUCUAAUUAUAAAACAUCUUUUUCCUUUUUUUUUUUUCUUCACUUAUGCUCACAACCACAUGUCUGACAAGGCCUGGAACAGCGCUACAACGAACACAUAAAAUUUAGCAAUUAAAAAAAAAAUCUUUCUUUACUGCAAGUUUAAAUAUGUGUACAGAUAGUUCAUAAGCACAAUAUUUUAAGAAAAAAGGUGGCUGGUCUACUGGGCAGCCUCUAUACCACCCAGUGCUAGAAAGCUAAAGGGAAAAGGGGGUUGUAGUUUAACAAUCCCAUUUCCUUGGGACAAUUAUACAAGCGACCUUUUAAAAAUUACCCUUCCCUAGACACAUUAGAACCUGCGACAUCAUGUCAUUUUUUAGUUUUUGCCACAGCUUCAUCAGUGAAGGGCAAUUAUUUCUUCAAAAGGAUUAGAAUCCAUGACUGUGCAGUUUCUCCAACAACAAUGCACAUACAUGCAUACACACACACACACACACACACACACACACACACACACCCUCAUGCAUGCAACCACAACCCUUGAUAUGGAGACCAGAGCUUUGAAUCUUAUUCUGUCCCCAAAACUGUUCGCAGGUCAACCCCAACUUCUGAAUCAUCCAAUCAACUGGUACCAGGUGACUGUUGAGCACCUUGCUCUGGGUUCUGUCAUCACCCACAGCAAGGAGAAUGAAUGAGAAACGCUCCAGAGAUGCUGCAAGUCCAGACACUGCGGGUAGCCACUGAAGAACUCAGAGAGUGUGAAAAUGUAGCCCCACCAUUAAUUUGUCUUCCAAUGGGUGGUUCUUCGAAGUCCCCUCAGUGUGCCAUAGCAGUAGGCUCCUUUCCUUUGCCUCUGUUUGGCAUUACCUCUGUGCUCAGUGCCAGGCAGAUGCUAGGCAGGAGAGACCUGGGGGCUUGGGGCACGCUGAGCUUAGGCAGCAGGUGACAGGCUGCGACUCUCUUCCUUAGACUUCAAGCCUCCAAGCAGAAGCAAGUUGACUACCAGCCUUGGAAGCUGAUAGGCCAGCUUUGCUUUGCAGUGUCUGGUCACAGAAACACAGCUGGACUAUCAGAACUGACCCCCAAUCACCCAAACACACAUUUGCCUAGAUACUGGGUCUCUGUCUCUGACAGUUGAUUUUGUGCAGAAAGCAAUAGUCCCUCAUUGAAAUUGCCACCCAUUGUCCCCCCCGGCCCUUCUCGAGACAUGUCAGGACCAGGCCCUACCCCAGGACCCUCUUCAGUGGUGAACCAGAUGUUAAACUGUUCAUAAGGACCAUGUUACCACUAUUCCAGGUUUUAAGAUCAACUUUUGUUAUAUACUGUAAUUUAAAUAACUGCAUAAAUUUACAUGCCUAGUUUCUGUAAUAUUGUGUAUACAAAACCAAAAUCUCUCAAGCUGUAAAUUGUGUAUACCCGCAAGGAUCCCUACUCUGGGGUGUCCGUGCACAUUUUAGAUUUAAUUCAUACAAUUAAAAACUCAAUGUGACUGCUGACGUGCUGGAACUUUACAUAAGAAUUAUUUGUGAUACUUUAGUUAAUAAAAUGGUGAGGUUUUUUUUUUUUCCUGAGUUAUUUAACAAGCAAAUAUUACCCAGCUGACCUGGCAAUGACCUUUUGUGUGUGUGCGGGUAGGGGGGCCACAAAUAUUGUUUUUUUUCUCCCAUUAGCAAUUUUGGGUUUUAAAUACAAACAUGUUUCACACUAUAGUUUGUGUGUAACAACACAUGUCACAUUAUCUUUGUUGCUGUUAAUUUUGUGCUCUUUUUCUUUUUAGACUUUAUUUAUUUAGAAGGAGAGAGAGAAAGAGGGAGAGAGAGGGAGAGAGAGCAAGAGAGAAAGUUCCUGUACUUUGCACUUUUCCCCCAAAUCCUUCAAUCUCUUGUAUGGCAACCAAAAUUACUGUAAAAAAAAAUAAAUAUACUCUUGCAAUAAGGUUGUGGUUCUGAUUACAAAGGGGAAGGUGGAGCUGACUCCCCAAGAGCAGUCAAGCUUGCCAUCGGAAAUAGGGUGUUUUGCACACUUCAGCUGUCUUUACCUGGGCAAGGUGACAGGAUGGCAUCUUCCCUUCAGCCACCUCAGGCCCAUUUCCUCAAGUGCCCUCGUUGUCUAAAUGGAAACCUUGUAUAUUAUUUCAGAAUUGUGCAAAAUGUCAAAAAUGGGCUUGUGUGACCACUCCUGUGAGCAUGAGUCCCAGGCCUGGCUGUCCCUUCUGUUUCAGGGUGGGCACAGGGGUACGCCAGAGACUGACCCAGACUCACCUCCCUCUUUCUCAGGAGGAGAGGUGUCCUCACAGCAGUGAGGGCUGUUGGCUGGCCAGGGACAAUAGGAGCAGAAGACUGAGAGGCUCCUCUGGCUGACUUAAGCAGGUGAUGCUCCCACAAGCAGCAGUGGACUAAGGGGCAGGACAGCAAGAGAGAGUCUGAGUCUUUGGCAAACAUCUGGACCAGGAGCUUAGGGCCAUCCGUGCACACCUGGAAGUAUAUCUGAAAAACAUCAAACCUCUCUAGCCUCCUGAGUUCUUCACCAACAGGGUCUCUCCUUGGGCAUGCCCUUCAUCCAAGCAGCAGCCACUGUGUCCCCAUCUUUGUCCUUUGCUCCCUGUGCUGCUCCCGUAGAGUCUCCCGGACCAUCAGCUCCCCUCAGCUUCACUAUCUGACAGCUUUUUCCAGACCCCUUGGUAAAUUGGGCAUCCAUCAGGGGACAUCUACUGUACUUGAACUGUAUUUGAGGCAUUUGCAUCGCAGGGGUCUGGACAAUGCUGCCCCUUUAGAGGCCCUGGGUGGGAACAUUCUGGGGUCACACAGACACUGGUAUUCAAAAUGCCUGCUUUGGGUAGAAUCUGGCAGUGUCCUGUGCCCUGUCCCAGAUUCUAGCAGCCCCCUAGCGCCACCCUGCAAGUCCCCACCGUCCUGAUGAUGCCGUCUCUUCCUGCACUCUGGGACGUGGGUCUGCAGCUCACCGUCUUUGCUGGUUUGUAGUUAAAAGUCACAACAGCCACUGUUCGCGGCUUCUACUAGAACUCUGUUCACAGCCAAUCCAAAACUUUAAUAUGAGCCUUCAAAUAAAUUCUGAAUAGAAAAAUUGAUUUAAAAACAAAGUGUGUGCCUUGGGUGUUUUGAACUAAUCUGCAUAAUACCAUACUGUAACUGUACAUUUGAUAAGAGGAUCAAUGUAUAAUGUAGCUGAUUUAAAAAAAAAAAAAUAGUUCUAGUGCCUUGUCUUCUGAACUGGAAGCCCAUAUCAAUGCACAACCUAAAGAAACAAAGCCCGCCUGGAGAACUGAGUGCUGAGAGGAGCUGGCCCCUGUGCAGGGCUCUUCUCAUCAGGAGACUGUGGAAUACACAGUCGGUUAUGCUUAAUAAAAAAAAAAAAAAAAUAGAGAGAGAACAUUGAAACAGAAUUGUGUUAUCAACUAAUUUUCCAUUAAAAAUACUCUCUGCUA